AGAAUAAGGUGAAUAACGCUGAGCCACUGCACAAAUAAUUGACUCCCAUUUAUCUAGCACUCUCUUUGAAAAAGAAAAAAACUGUUAGGUUAUGUAUUCCACACAUUUUAUUAAUUAUGUUUAGUUAUUAUAAGCUUUUUUUCUGCCAUUGUGCAAACACUCCAAGCGCUAACGUUCAGAAAUGUUAGUUUUGAAUCAGAGUGGAAAGACGAAAGGAGGAUUUGUUCGCUGUAGUUUUUCAGAUGUCCUGCCGCCGUCAACUCGAGCUGGCGCUCCAUCAAACGGCACUACGCUCCCCACAAUGCAACCCGCCACAAUAAAAUACGUCACCGAGCACGUGACCGUUAAGCGGAGCCGACCAAAAUCCCAAACAAGGAAAUGGUGGGGUAAUAAAAACGAUCGGAUCAUUUAAUUAAUGCAUGUAAUAAUUAAUAUUUUAUUUUCUUGUAAAUUAAGAAAUAUUUAUGGGUUAAAAUGGACUACGACUUCAAAACGAAGCUCGCCGCCGAGAGGGAGAGAGUGGAAGAUCUGUUUGAAUAUGAAGGUUGUAAAGUGGGUCGCGGCACAUACGGGCAUGUUUAUAAAGCGAAGCGUAAAGACGGGAAGGAUGAGAAGGAGUAUGCACUGAAACAGAUUGAAGGAACGGGUAUUUCCAUGUCUGCCUGCAGGGAAAUCGCUUUGCUGAGAGAGCUGAAGCAUCCAAACGUCAUCGCGCUGCAGAAAGUGUUUCUGUCUCACAGUGACCGUAAAGUCUGGCUCCUGUUUGACUACGCCGAGCAUGAUCUGUGGCACAUCAUAAAAUUUCAUCGAGCAUCAAAGGCCAACAAGAAGCCCAUGCAGCUGCCCAGGGGGAUGGUGAAGUCUCUGCUCUACCAGAUCCUAGACGGCAUCCAUUACCUGCACGCCAACUGGGUGCUGCACAGAGACCUGAAACCUGCCAAUAUCCUGGUAAUGGGGGAAGGUCCAGAGCGAGGACGAGUCAAAAUUGCUGAUAUGGGUUUUGCUCGACUCUUCAACUCUCCGCUGAAGCCUCUGGCUGAUCUGGACCCAGUGGUCGUCACCUUCUGGUACCGGGCGCCUGAACUGCUCCUCGGGGCGAGACACUACACCAAAGCAAUCGAUAUUUGGGCAAUAGGCUGUAUCUUUGCGGAGCUGCUGACGUCAGAGCCAAUCUUCCAUUGUCGACAAGAGGACAUAAAGACCAGCAAUCCUUUCCAUCACGACCAGUUAGAUCGCAUAUUCAGCGUCAUGGGCUUCCCAGCAGAUAAAGACUGGGAAGAUAUCAGAAAAAUGCCAGAGUAUCCUACCUUACAGAAAGAUUUCAGAAGAACCAC